ACCUGUCACUGUUCGAUCGUCCCGGAGCGUUCGACUUCCAGCUGCUGGUCGCGGCGCUCCGGAAGUUGAAGCAGGAAAAGAGCGUGAAGAUCCCGGUGUACGACUUCACCACGCACGGGCGGCACAAAGACUGGAAGAAUGUUUAUGGGGCCAGUGUGAUUAUAUUUGAAGGGAUUAUGUCUUUGGCGGACAAAGAGCUCCUCCAGCUCCUGGACAUGAAGAUCUUCGUGGACUCGGACAUCCGGCUGGUCCGCCGGCUGCGCAGGGACAUCACGGAGCGCCGGCGGGACAUCGAAGGCGUCAUCAAGCAGUACAACAAGUUCGUGAAGCCGGCGUUUGAGCAGUUCAUCGAGCCGGCCAUGAGGCUCGCGGACAUCGUGGUGCCGAGAGGUGACAGGAACAUGGUGGCCAUCGAUCUGAUCGUGCAGCAUGUUCACAGCCAGCUGGAGGAGCGUGAGCUCAGCGUCAGGGCGCUUCUGGCCUCCGCUCAGCAGACGCACGCGCUGCCGCAGACGCUCAGCGUGUUGGCGAGCUCGCCGCAGGUCGGAGGUCUUCACACCAUCAUCAGGAACAAAGAAACCAGUCGAGACAAGUUCAUCUUCUACUCAAAGAGAUUAAUGCGACUUCUCAUAGAACACGCGCUCACGUUUCUGCCUUCACAGCCAUGUGCGGUCCAGACGCCUCAGGGCCACGAGUACGAGGGUGGUGGUGACGACGGCCGAGCGAUCACCGGCGUCUCCGUCCUGCGGGCGGGAGAGACCAUGGAGCCCGCCCUCAGGGCCGUGUGCAAAGACGUCCGCAUCGGCAAGAUCUUCAUCCAGACCAACCUGGACUCGGGCGAACCGGAGCUGCAUUACCUGCGUCUGCCCAAAGACAUCAUCGAAGACCAUGUCAUCGUGAUGGACAGCACGGUGUCCACCGGCGCCGCCGCCAUGAUGGCAGUACGAGUCCUGUUGGAUCACGAGGUGCAGGAGGAGAAGAUCAUGUUGGUGUCGCUGCUGAUGGCCGAGCUCGGGGUUCACUCGGUGGCCUACGCCUUCCCCAAGGUGAAGAUCAUCACCACGGCCGUGGACAAGAGUCUGGACGAUUAUCUUCACGUGAUCCCUGGAAUCGGGGACUUUGGGACCAACGGGUCUGAGAGCUGCAGCGACGAGGACCAGGAGCAGCGUCUGUUCAGACACAGGCCGACUUACCUCCUCUCUGAUGCACUUUGACGCCUGCAGGGGGCAGUGUAGCUUCUGUGUCUCCUUCACACACACACACACACACUCACCUGGAUGGCCUCUGUCGCACAAGUUAAAAUACGUCGAUUUCAAAAAGCAAUUUUGUGGUUUGUGAUUUUUAUUCAUGAUCUGGUUGAGAACAAUGUUCAGGUCACAGCAGUAAA